GGGACACAAACUCCGAGUUAAAUUCUCUUUCUUUCCUAUGUCGUCUUCUGUUUUUUCUUUUUCCAUUUUUAUAAUUCUAUUAGUAAAAAAACAAAGUACUCAUCCAAAAGCAACGUUGACUCAUUGCUUAAUGCUUAUAUCUCCAAUCUCCAACUACUUACAAUCUUUCACUUCCAACAACUGAACAAAACAAACAAACAAAAACAUUCUCAGUUUCUCAUAAUUUUCCAUACCUCAAUUUCUCAGAAACAAAUGUAACAAAACCCAAACCGUCACACACAAAAAAUGGAAAACCGUCAAAGAAUAACACUUUACGAUCAAAUGACAUCCACGAGCAACACUCGUAGCUCACUAGCUAGUUUAAUCCAAAACGACGCCGUUUUAUCCAACCAAAAAAACACAAACCAAACACUCUUAGAUAUUAUACGAGAAAACGAACCAAACAACGUUGUUGUUAAUGUUAGUGUUACCAACAGCAGCAGCAGCAGCAACAACAACGUUGUUAAAGAUCGAAAAUCAUGGAAAGCUUUUAAGGAAUUACUUCUUUUCAAACGUCGUACCUCGGAUGAAUCAACUCACCAACAACAACAAAACGAAGAUAUUCCGACCAAUUCAGAUCCGUCGGAAUUUCUUCCCGGCGGCGAGUUUUCCGAUGAGACGGCACAGGUUAGCAUGUCGUUGAUGGAUUUGUUGGAAGAGAGUGAAAUUGAAUUGGAACGAAUUAGUGAUGUUGUUGAUGAAGGUGAUGACGUGGAAGAGAAUAAUGAGAAACGAGAAGAAGAAGAAGAAAGAGAAGAAGAAGGAGAAGGAGAAGGGAGUAAUGUUAAGGUGGAACACAAUUGUUGCGUGUGUAUGGUGAGGGAUAAAGGUGCAGCGUUUAUACCAUGUGGACACACGUUUUGCAGGAUGUGUUCAAGAGAGCUUUGGGUUAGUAGAGGGAAUUGUCCUCUUUGCAAUCAUUUUAUUUUAGAAGUUCUUGAUAUUUUCUGAUUAUAAUAAUUAUCAUAAUCAUAAUUAUUAUUCAUUUUUCCCCCUUAUUAAUCUUUGUUUGAGUUUUGCAAUUUUCUUUUCUGGGUUUUUUAAUUGCAUUUUUUGUUCAAUUCAUCGACUGUGAUGAGUCAUUUGAGUAGGAGGGGUUGCAUGUGUAAAUUAAAUUCACUAAAUUGUGUAUGACUUCACUUGCUUGUUAUUUUAUGAUUUUUCAACAUUUUUUUUU